CCUCUCCAUGCGGAGAACAUCUUUGUAUUUUAACAGGUUUGCAGCUACUGUUAUCGAAGGACAUCUUCGUUGCACUUUAGCCGAAGAGGUCCGUUUAUAACCUUCUAUUCUCCUUCACGGUCAGCAUCCCUUAAGGAGCUGGAGUACGGAGAAACAGGAAGUGCAGACUGAGAGGAAUGAAGAUAUACCGUGUGACGAAGAAGAUGAAGUGUGUGAGAUAAUCGAAUCGGCAGAGAAACACACACACACACUUAUUCGAUCCGAACUCCAGCCUGUGUUAUGGAGCAGGAAGAAGCCGCCGCCGGGGAGGAUGCAGAGUCCCAGCUGAUGUAUAGGAUCGAGCGUCCGGUUUACGAUGAAGCUGUCAUACGUUCAUCGCUUCUCAAACCCAGGGAGAACUCCAGCACCCUCCGACAGAGGCUGGCGCAGCACUUCAGGUGUUCAUCUCAGAGAGCCAAGGCGGCGGUGUUCAGCUUCCUGCCGAUUCUCACCUGGCUGCCGUCCUACCCGGUGAAGGAGUUCCUGUUUUCAGACGUGGUGUCGGGGCUCAGCACCGGCGUCGUGCAGCUCCCUCAGGGUCUAGCCUACGCCAUGCUGGCUGCUGUGCCUCCAGUCUAUGGCCUGUACUCCUCAUUCUACCCCGUCCUACUCUACACCUUCUUCGGGACGUCCAGACACAUAUCAGUAGGUACCUUCGCAGUGAUUAGUCUGAUGAUCGGGGGUGUGGUAGUGAGGGAGGCCCCGGACGAUAUGUUUUACUUCCCCCCGGUCAACGGUACCAACGCGUCUGCCGUCCUGGACGUGGAGGCCCGGGACGCCCGCAGGGUUCAGGUGGCCGUGGUGCUCACUACGCUGGUGGGAAUCAUCCAGGUAGUCUUAGGUCUCCUCAGGUUUGGUUUUGUGGCGAUCUACCUCACGGAACCCCUGGUGCGAGGCUUCACCACAGCAGCAGCGGUGCACGUCGUGGUCUCUCAGCUGAAGUACCUGCUGGGGGUCAAAACCCCGCGCUUCAGUGGACCCCUCUCAGCUCUUUUUAGCAUCCAGGCGGUGUUCAGCGACAUCACGAGCACCAACGUCUCCACUCUCAUCAUGGGCCUGGUGUGCAUCGUGUUCCUGUACGCCGUCAAAGACCUCAACGAGCGCUUCAAGAAGAAACUGCCCAUCCCCAUCCCCGGAGAGAUCAUCGUGGUCAUCGUGUCGACCGGCGUCUCGUACGGGAUGUCCCUGUCGGACGACUACAGGGUGGACGUGGUGGGGAAGAUACCGAGCGGGCUCCUCGCUCCUGCCGCCCCAGACUUCUCUCUGUUACCCCGUUUGGUCACAGACUCCUUUGCUGUUGCGAUUGUAGGAUUCUCGAUGGGCAUCUCCCUCGCCAAGAUCUUCGCCCUGAAGCACGGCUACAAAGUGGACGGCAACCAGGAGCUGAUCGCCCUCGGUCUGUGUAACUUCAUCAGCUCCUUUUUCCACACCUUCGCCAUCACCUGCUCCAUGUCCAGGAGCCUGGUGCAGGAGAGCACAGGGGGGAAAACACAGAUCGCGGGGCUGCUGGCGUCUCUCAUGGUGCUGCUGGUGGUAGUGGCCAUCGGUUUCGUCUUCCAGCCUCUACCUCAGACGGCGCUGGCGGCCAUCAUCAUGGUGAACCUGCUGGGCAUGUUCAAACAGAUCCGAGAUAUUCCUGCUCUCUGGAGGACCAGCAGGAUCGAACUGGCCAUCUGGCUGGUGGCCUUCGUAGCGUCGGUCCUGUUAGGGCUGGAUUACGGCCUCCUGGUGGCGCUCGCUUUCGCCAUACUCACAGUCAUCUACAGGACACAGAGCCCUAAAAGUGCUGUCCUGGGUCAUGUCCCCGGCACCGGGCUGUACUGUGAUGUGGAGAAGUACGAAGAGGCGGCUGAAUACGAGGGGAUUAAGAUCUUCCACUCCAACUCCUCCAUCUACUUUGCUAACUGCGACCUUUAUGUGACUGCCCUCAAGGAGAAGACGGGAGUCAACCCUGAGGCCAUGCAAGCUGCCCGGAAAGCCCAGAGGAAGCAGAAGGCGAACGGCCACCACCACUCGUCACUGAAGACCAGCUGCACGGAUAAGGAGAGGGGCGUGACCCACGAGGUUUUGUCCUAUAACCACAUGGCCGAGGAGCAGGGGAACGGCCAGCUGGGGGACGGAGACAGCCAAACGCUCUCGGAGGAGGCCGCCUUCCUCCACCCGCUCAGCGACGUGCACUCCAUCAUCCUGGACUGGACGCCCGCCAGCUUCAUCGACUCCGUGGGAGCUAAAGCCGUCAAACAGGUUAUUAUGGAGUAUGCAGCUGUGGACGUUCAGGUGGUCAUCGCCGGCUGCAGCAGGAACCUGCUGUCCGAGCUCGACUCCUUACAGUUCUUCUCCGGGGCCAUGACUCCAGAGAUGGUGUUCCCCACCGUCCACGACGCGGCGCUGCGCUGCCAACGCUCACAUCCAUCGAUCGCUCCGACCAAAGCAAAAUCACUUCAGAUCCAAGACGAGUGACGGCAGAUAUCUGGAGUCGGGAUAAACCGUUCAUAGCCGAGGUGGACGCUCAUGCGUCUGAAGAAGCACUUUAGUCUGGUACGUAGAGAAGUGCAGCUUUUAGCCAAUCAGGAAAUUAGUUCCCGGCUGACAUUCCUCCAGCCUUAUUCCUCUCGGGGAUUGUUUAGUCUUUCUGUUGUUGGGAGAGAAACACCGUGUUCGAAUGACUUCCGUUCAGUGAUGGAAACUUUAUGAAACUGCCUCAUCCCGCUGGUGUCCACUGUUACAGAGAAGACGUGUUCUGAUAGAUAGUAUUUAUCUGCUGUAUUGUGUCAUAUUUAAACCAGCAAAAACACUAUCGUCUGUCGGUCUGCAGCGUCAUGUUUGUGUUGUGCUCCUCAGCGAAGCGUUACUGUUUUUAAAGCUGUUAUUUAAAGGUGACAGGAAGCCUUAAGAGUCGCCAUCAUGUGGUUCUUUUUACACAAAUCACGUACACUCAAGUCUGGAAUAAAGUUUAUUUUUAAGUGAACAAGAA